CCCCCCCACCGUGUAAAAAACAUUAACAUCCGGCAGCAUCAUCAUCACCUCUGAGAACGUUUAGCUAGCUAGUUGUGUCUCGUAUUUUAUAUUUGUUCAUUUCACACAGAGACAAAAAUGCCAACACUGUGUUCAGCAUACAACUGCAAAAAUCGUGGUCCCAAAGCUGAUGUAGGAUUUUUUAGUUUCCCCAAAAAUGACCCUGAAAGACGCAAGCGAUGGAUUAUUAAUAUGAAGUGGAAAGACUGGAAUCCGCAACACCACCACCGUGUGUGCUCCAUUCACUUUGAAGACAAGUACAUUUGCCGGAUGGACAAACGUCAACGUCUCACGCCAGACGCAGUCCCGACCAUUUUUAACUUCCCAGAGAACUUUCAAAAGAAAAAGGCAUCCAUCCACCCACAGAGUAGAAGAGCCAGGAGUGAUGGGUUGCCAGAGAAGUAUGCUGCUGCCCCUGCUGUUACAGUGGCUGAACCGGUCACAGCACCAAGCCCCACCAUCACAUCAGAGACAAGCAAGCUGGCUAAAGACAAUACUAAAGCUCCAGAAAAAGUUACCUCUUCAAGUUGGUAUAUCCAUGUAGAUGAAGAAAUCCAAAUGGCUGAAUCCCUCCCAGGUUUCUUCCACAGUGAUUACUGUCUACCACACAGUAUUCGCUGGGGAUUCAAAGAUGAUGUUGCCCCUAAGGUGGCAUGUGAGAACAUGGAGUUCCAACUUCCACCCCUCAAGCACAUAAUAGAGAUCACAGAGGCAUGGGAGUGGCUGGGUAUGGACAUUAGAGGGCCACUGCCCCUAACACCGAACGGACACCAGUACGUUCUGACCUUGACAGACUUCUACUCCAAAUGGGUGGAGGCCUUCCCCCUGAGAGGUUGUAGCUCUACUGAGGUAGCACAGCAUGUAGCUGAAGUCAUCUCUCACUUUGGCUUCCCUUUUGGAAUCCUUGUUCGACUAAAGAGGAAGUUUACCAGUAAGAUCAACCUUGCCUUAAACAGUCAUCUGAAGCUGAGGGGGUUCUCUCUCUUAUACCGUCAUCGGCAAGUUGGAUCACUGGAUCUGGCCACACAGACCCUGAUCAGCAGGAUGGUGUCUGAUCUUGUGAAGGACCAUCCAGACAACUGGGAUGUCUGCCUCCCUGCAAAGGUGUUCAGCCUGUGUUUCAAGGAGCACCCCAAGACCAAGCAGAGACCUUUCUCUCUGCUGUGCUGCAAAGGACCACAGCCGGUCACCACCCCCAGGGAUCUGUCUUUCAGUCCUGCAGAGCUCAGAGAGAGUUCCUUUGCAAUUCAGUCAAAUCGAGAGGGUGGGCAUGACACUGAUCCGCAAGACAUGGUUGGCAUUGAAUCUGGAAAGGAAACAGCUGGAAAGAACACUGUUACGAGGGUCUCCUUUUUAAGGAGCAACACCGAGAGUAACAACAACACUGACGGUAACACAUAUGGUCACCCCGACGGUAACACGGACGGUAACACGGACGGUAACCCCGACGGUAGCACGGACGGUAACCCCGACGGUAACCCCGACGGUAACCCCGACGGUAACACGGACGGUAACACGGACGGUAACACGGACGGUAACCCCAACAAAAACCGUAACACCAACAGUGAGCGAUCCUCUGAAGAACAUCAUGCCAUGGAAAACUGAAUAAUUGAUUGGAUGAGCGCUCUAUCGGGGGUGUAGUUUUUAUUUUAUCAUUUUGAUUAGAAACACUUGUGUUUUAUGGUUGUGUUUGGCUGGUGUACUGGGUCAUGAUUGUUACACAGGAAGAUGAUAGUAGGAGUUUAUGAACCAACUGGAUCAAUUCAAAAUCAGUCAAAACAUCAUGCAUAGCAACAUAGAUGAUGGAGUAGUGAUAAGCUUAUCCUAAAAGCAAUUGCUUUAUAUUACACUGUAAACUUUUUUUUGUUUCCCAGUAAAUGAAUCCAAACAUG